AUGGGAACACUAACGAAGAUGAUGGUAAAAGCAGGGUAUCAUGAACAAGGUGGAAGCGCAAGAACUCAUCAGCAGAUUGCAGAAAAUUAUAAUAAUAAAGAAGAGGGAUUAAAGAUGAACUUCAUAGAUACAUCACAAGAACCAAUUGGGGACCAAAUGAGAACAAACUUGCUUUCAAAUUCGAAGGAAUCGUCUCUUCACUCCGACGUUGUUAAUGGCGGGGACAAGAAAUUACUUGGCCAUAUAAUGGAAGCUACAUGGAACCCAGUCAUACCAAGAAAUGCUGCUUUGCAAAAUGAAAAGGCACUUCCUUCAAAAACCGGCAGCACGCAAAAACCAAACGGAAAUGCACCAGGUAAGAUUACUUUAAGGGGACUUUACGUCGUUACAUGGUUUAUAUUAAUCAAAGACUAUUUGGUAUAAACCUGCGCAGAGCAGAAGUUAAGUGGAAAUCCCUAAUAGCACAGGAUAAAUGUCCUCGGUCAAGUGUACGCCAGUCAUCUAAACAAUGUAUCGUACGAUCGCGAAUCUGAAAGUUAGAAGUCGUUGAUGAAGUAAUAGCUGGUUCCAUGCUUUGAUACUGCGUGUAUCUUCAUUCACAGGGCAAGAAAUGAGAGCCGUAUUUAAAUGUAUGCGUCCUUUUCCUUUUCAGUGCCAUUAAAGAUUCAAUUGCUUCCUAUCCCAGUGGUUCAAACUCAGAACUUUCCCGCUCAUAACAUUAAAAUUCUCCAUUCCUUGUUCGGGACUUUAAGGAUGUCAAAAAGCAGUGGUGUCGGAAAGAAACAAUCUACUAGAAAUCUAGAGCAAUUCUCGAGCAACAACUUUCAACAGCCCAUCUUGAAUACCCCUCAUGGCACCGGCAACAGCGACCAAUUGGAACUUCAUACUUCAGGAAUAACACCGAAAGGUCAGCCGCCCGCGGCAAAGUGUUCUUCCGGGAAUUCUACGUGUAUUCAUCGACUGCAUCCGACUUCUCAAAUAUCUAUUCCUUCCUCAAAUUCCACGCAGGCUACGAAAAAAUCGGGAGGCAUCGCCCAAAAAUUACCACCAAACAAUAUCAGCUCCAGCACAUCCAGAUCGCAAGGAAAUGACUCUCAAUUUGUCCCUUCUGCACGUAUAACUAAGAAUAUCCGAGUAGGACAGUUGACCACUCAUGAUGAAGCUUCGCCUUAUGGAGGACGCAAUAAGAAAGGAUUAGUUUUACAAAAGAAACUUAAAAUCAAACCCACAUCCGUGACGACUCUGGCCAAAAAGGAAAACAUUAGGCAGGGCUCUCGGACGCCCCCAGUAACAUUACCAAAAACGGCGAACAAGCCAACAAAAAAUCAUAAAAUUAUGAGGGAAAGAAUACGUCAUCAUUCUUCAGGCUAUAGAAAGGCGUUCACGGAAGCAAAUAUUGCCUGGGGUACGCCAGCUCCAAUCUGGGUUCAACAAGGAAGCAUGUCUUCCGAUGCCCUUAUGAUGGCCGAUCUCCAUGGGAAGCAUGAUUCAGUUACCUCGCCAAAGCCUGAAGUCUACGGUAGUAAUUAGCUAAGAUUGGAAACAUCAAUUUGUUAUUGUUAUGGAUUUUUAAUUCUUUCACAGCAAGAAAAUUCUGCACAGUCUCUUGCCUAGUCUUCAUGCUAUUUAAGCACCGCGCUUUACGUUGAAGUUCCAAAAACUCGAUUUUUUUUCUCUUUUUUUUUAAUGUGCUGCUCUUGUUGCUUGUUUGCUUUGCUUAAGGCUUCCUAUGGAAACUUAAAGGCGUAACGGGCCUUGAGUACAAUACUUCAGUCUAUUGAAUGACCUGUGUUUCUUGUAUGUAGGUCCUUGUAGGGAUUACGAUCCUCGGUGUCCCAUGCUGGUAAAAUUCGGAUGGUGUAACAAUCCACUUUCACUCACUGACGAGAUCAACAUCCGAGACUACUGUGUGGUUUCAUGCGGCUUCUGCGAUGGGUAGGUGUUUUUAUGUUUGUUUGUUUCCUUUUUUUAUCUUCCUUGAAAUAAACGUUCAUUUUUACCAUUGAAAUUGCAAUCUCUAAGGCUAAAAGAUUCGGCUCAAAUGAGUCUGAGCAUCUUCGAAUUUGGAGGCUGAAAGAUCUCGCCUGUUACUCCUUUAUUAACACAUCUUAUUAAUGAUAACAGCUAUAACUGUUACUGAACACUUAAUAAUUAUCUUGUAGUAAGACUAUUCCAUUAAGGUCUAUUAUAUUUCUGCACUUAGGGGACAAACAAAAGACAAAUUCAUUGAAGAUGACGUUAUGAAUGAGGAGGACGCCGGAUUUCCAGAAUACAGCCAUAAGUUUGAUAAAUAAUUCCACAAGAAUCAGUUCCCUCGUUCAUGUGUCCGUUAGAGCUGACACACGUGCAAAAAACACCGGCAUAGUUGGAGACAAAGGGUACGAAAGAACGGACAAAUUUUAAGAAUGAGUAAUCGUUGCCGUGAUCAGUAACUGGAUUGCUGGUCAAGUUUCUGAUGUAAAGUAUACCAUCUAGUGUUUCACUUAAUUUCGAGAAUAAGUUAAAAAAAGAAUAAAUAAAUAAAGCGAGAAAUAAAUCAUAGCGUUAAAAUCAUUUGCUAAGAUGCAGUUGGAGUGUCCGGCUACCAUUAGAGCGGUGGUUAAUGUGAAGCUUCAACCGAAUGCAAUUUCACUGACUUCCCAGCAUCAUUUUAGCAUUUUGGAAAAGCUCGCGGAGAUUAGGUCCUCACUCACAACGAGUGCGGUAUUAAGGAAACAUUUUGUUUCAUGAAGUUGCAGAUCGGGGUUAGAUUUUUGAGCCCCCUCGAUUAAAAAAUUUCGAUUAUUUAUUCUAUGGCAACCAUGGAACUUGAAACUCGCUCAAACUCCGCUUCCUUAAUUCUCGGUAGAAGACGUUUGUCAGUUUUGUCAGGUUCAAUGCUCUAUGAGCUUCUUAUAUGGAAUCCCACAACAUGGCCACGUUUGAGUUUCUUUAGAUCUUCAACAAACAAAGUGAUUCCUGGCAUGUUAUCUACCUGUCUAAAUUCCAGCACCAUGAAAUUGCGUUUGUCUACCUGCCUUGAUCUCGGCACCACAACAUGUACUGACCAUUGUUCCUAAAAUAAGACCAGUUAAAAGUUUACUUUAGUUGGUAAUAGUAGGUUCUACAGUGUUACAUAAAAUUUAUUAUGCAUAUCUAAAGAACGAGUGAUUUUUGCAAGUAAAUAUCAAAGAAGGGGAAUCUAAACACCAACAAGACGAUCUCGAGGGGGAAAAGGUUAGUGAAGUUUUUGUGAUAUGCCACUUUUUUUUUUGUUACGUUGCACGACAGCUUUGAUUGGACUAUUGCUUACUAUUGCCAUUUCAGUACAGUAUUAUGCGGUUUAGGUGAAGUUUUGAAGGUAAAGAAGAUGGGGACUUAUUUUUGCUAGUUCGAGAGAAAAUAUUUGAAAUUUAAACACAAAUAUGUUUUAAAAAAAUGUAUGCGUUUGAAUCGACAUUCUAGGUAGGAAAAAAAGUAACACUAAUAAUGAUAACUGAUAAAUUUAAGUGUAUAUACCGCGAGAAAAGCAGCUGCGCAGAUUUCGAAUCGCUACAGGAAAAAGGUUUUUUUCAAAGCGGUUUGAUUUCUUUUCGGGAAUGCAAAGAUGUCCGAUGUCCAUAGUCGCAAACUAUAAGCAAGAAAAAAAAAAACAAGAACAAAAAAAAAAAAAAAAAAAAGGAAGGAAGAGUGGAGUGGUCCAGCGUAAAGAACGUAACCAAAAUAUUCUAAAUUUUUCCUAUUUCUGUCACUCGUAAAAAUAAAGAGCAGUGUUACUGUUAUUACUGUUCUUUUCCACUUUUGUUAUGUGAGAUCUUCGAUGUUUCUGCAUCUAGUAACCCCUCUGUUGGAGCUUGUAACCUAAUACUUCUUGCCUUGAGAGAUAUUCACAUUGUUCUUUGAACAGAAAUGACCUGCAUACUUCAUCUCCUUCUAUUGUGGAAUGUCUUCAUACGCUGUAGCAGUGGAAACUUUGGUGCUGAAAUAAAAAGAGGUGGGGUUCAAAGAGGGAGUUAUUUAAUUUCCAUAUGACACUUUUAUGAUGGAAUUAAAAGAAAAAUGGCGUCAGACUAAUAAAAUAAAGCCAUAAUAAGUUGUAGAUUAUAAGUUUAAAACUGAGGUGCUUAACGCCACAAACUGAAUAUAAAGGCUAAAAGCCCAAAGACUCUAUUGUUUACUAAGGAGGUGAAAGUAAUCAUCAAUUUUUCGCGCCUUGUCUCGUAAUUUGCGUUUGGUUCCGCCAUGAUUAAUUUUUUUUAGUUCGACUGGUUUCCAAUAUUUUUUGCUAUUGUAAAUAACCGUGGAAACUUCAAAUUGGUGCAUUGGGGAUAUAUUUCUAGUGCGUUCUGUCGGAAAAUAGAAAACGUUUCACGCGGCUUAAAGCUUUAAAAUACUUUGUUUCUCAAACAGGAAGAAAGAGAGUUGGAAUAAAAUCAGCCGAAAACGCCAGCUCUAAAAUUUCAACUUCGACUCCAAAGAGCCCUUCCAAUGAGAAAACAACGAAACAUCGCUCAAAAUUAAAAUCAAUCUCGCAAACAUCCUGGGACAGAAGACAGCUUAUUGAACGAUCAUCGACAACGCAAGGUAAACACGAUUAUCACUCAACAACAAACAUUAAUUUGUGUAUCACUUCUAUAACAAAGAGGCCUGUCAUACCACCAUAAAUCAGUAAGUAUGAUGUAGAGUUUCAUCUUUCUAGAAAAGAUACAUCGGAAUGCAAUUAAGCUAUUAGCUUGACCGGUGAGGAUCCCUGAAUCAGCUGCAGGAAGCCACAACUAGAAUGGGCCCAGAGUGCUACGACUAUUGAGAUUCGGUCGUGAUUCAGAAGAAAUUUUUUUCGUUUCUGAGCCAAGGCGUUCGAAAUGAAGAGCUAUUAUUAUGUGAUUUGCAUAUCUGCAUGUGCAUACCUCAAUUAACGGUCGCAAAUACAAGUUUUUAUAUUUACUAGUCAAACAAGUCCAUUCAUAAGAAAAUAAUUGUAGAGAUGUUCUAAUUUCUAUCAAAGAGGUACGGAUUACAGCAAUAUGCGACCAUUUUAACCAGUUUAAUCGUGCAGUCACGAAACUCAUUCAUUUCUCGUAGCUUGCAAAACCAAAGUGGACCUUGGAUUUCUACUAGAUGGUUCCGGAAGUGUCAACCAGUAUGGUGCUGGUAAUUUCGAUAAGUGCAAGGAAUUCGUCAAAGCCCUCAUACACGCUUUCGUUAUAUCUCCUGAUGAUACGCGAGUUGGUGUAAUCUUAUUUUCCUCUAGAAGUGAACUUCAGUUUGACUUCACUCAGUUACAAACAGAACAGGCAGUAGAAGCCGCCAUUGACAGAAUCAAAUAUCCCGGAUAUACGACGAAAACUGGCGCUGCACUAAAGAUGGCGGGAGAACGUUUAUUCAACAACGUUAGGGGGGGUGUACCCCGAGUGCUCAUUGUUAUAACUGACGGGAGAGCAGGCGAUGACGUGAGAGCUCCCGCGGAAGCUCUUAGAAACAAAGGAGUUAUUAUAUUUUCAGUUGGGCUUGGCAAUUUGAGACGACUAAGGAGAUUUCAACCCCAGCUGGAGGCUAUGGCGAGUGAAUCAAUACCGGAGCAUUUGUUCACCGCUGAUUUUCCGGAUAUGAUGUCUAUAGUUACAGCAAUACAGACAAACCUAUGCAGAUGUAAGAAGUCACACUUAAUUAAUGUUUACUUUCCUGAUGUGAAGAUAUGCUUUGUUUUCAUUUGCUCUUCACCCGUUUAUGUAUAUCUGGUUAACCUAUGAAUGGAACAUGUUUUAGAAGAAACUUAUUUGCACUUUGUUUCUAAUGUUCCUUGUUUCGUGAUAUUUUUGUUUGUUCGUUUGUUGUACUAUUUUGUCGUUGUUUAAUUUUGAUUUCGUUUUUGUCCAUAGAAUAUGUCAAUAGAAGCGCCGAACAAUAUUCUAACAUUCAAAUGAAACCGAAAAUUAGUUCUAGUCAUCUUACAUUUCUAAGUCUUAACAUUGAGCAACUUGACAAACUCUUCCUCUUUUUCAAAGUUUCUGAAAAAGAUAUUUCUUUUCUUUUUAUUUCUUACAGCUGCAGCUAAGGCCGUCGCAGAAGGAACAAGUAAGUUUAUAAGAUAAGUUUAAGAAAUCGCACUCUCUUGACGAGAUGAGCAGCUCAAUCGCUUUUUUUUUUUAAUUUUUUGUUCGAAUAUUUUAGGCUCUUUGGAUUUUGUAUAUUAUUCACCAGUGUUUGAAGGGGAGACCGCCGCUUGUUGUUCCAAACCCUUGUCAUUAACUGAAUCCCUUUCGAUCGAAAGAUCCUUCGUUUCUAUAAUUUCCAUGAAUACCUUAAAUUUUACCGUUGAUUGCUACUGAAUUUCUUAAUCUUUUGGUGUGAGUUUCACCGUAUGUUUGCGUUAAGUUGAAAUUUUCAAAUAUGAUAAUCUUGCUUUUUUACUUCUUAAUCUUAUAGCGGGAGGAGCAAAGAGGGCCGGUGAGUAUAAACUCGCUCUAUUAGCGAUGUAACAAUCUCCACAGACAUUCUCUCUCGGUAAAGCUUUCCAUACAGUCGGUUACUCCCGACAACAGCAACCACCACAACUGCACGAUUGAAUAGUUACAUACUUUUGAAAGUAUUCUAAAACAUUCUGGAAGCAUACAACACAACUAUUUUGGUAGCAUUACAUCGUGACUACCUGACCUAAUAGAAUCCUCCAGAAAGUUCCAUGGUAUGCAUGUCAGCAUGACUAAGAAUUCAAGAAUUUUUUAGAUAUAUAUCUUACAGUUGUUACCCAUAAAAAUCUCUUGAAAGACAAAUUAUUAUUUAUUUUCAGUGGACCUUGCCGUACUUGUAGAUGGAUCAAUGAAUAUCAAAGGAGGACUGAAAUUCCAACUCGUUAUGAAUUUUGUCACUGACUUCUUCCAUUCAUUUACUCUGGGGGAUAACGUUAGAUAUGGAUUGGCUGUCUUUGGCAGCAGCGUUAAGGUAAAAUCAUGACCAUAUUAAGCGUGGUUUAGCUCAGCGCUAAAAAAUGGCUUAUUACAAUAUCUAAAUCGAUUUUAUAUCAGAAACCUCAUUUCCUCGGUCUAUGAUUUUAUUAGGACGGGAGUGAUUCAAUUACUUGUUUGUAAACGAGUGCAUCACUGGCUAAAAAAACAAAAUAGCUUGAAAAUCUUCUUUCUCAUUUUAUUAGGUCGUAUUUGGAUUUAACCAGUAUACCUCUAUGUAUGACGUCGAUGCGGAAAUAGCAAGUGUAACCUUGGUCGGAGGCAGAUGUAAUGCAGGCGCUGCCCUGAUAGAAUGCCAGAGAUCUCUAUUUGUCGGUAAUGCAGGAGGAAGGAAACGCAUUCUUCUUGUCCUCAUGGCAGGGAAGUCAAUUGAUGACGUCUCAGUAGGUGCUGGUUAUUUGAAGAAAGCCGGAGUCAGGACAAUGGUUAUUAGAAUGGGUAGUUCUUACGAGCAGUCCCAGCUCUCUACUAUGGCGUUUACCCCAGAUUACAUUCUGAGAGCAAACACACUCCUUGAGUUACCUGGGGUUAGGGAAGAAGCUGCUGGAUUUUUAUAUCAAGGUCCAUAGAUUCCUUUAAUUGAUGCUUCUUUUGCCACUUGAAGUGAUAUAUUUACGUAAUAUGGAUACGAUAUGAUAUGCCGUGAUACAAUACAUUGCCAUGAUACCCUACGAUACGAUACAGCACAGACUCGCUGCGUCUCCCACAUACAUAAUGACCACAUUGAGAUGUAGAGUUAAAAAUAUGUGAAAAAAUACAUAUCACAAAAAAUUCUAAGGAGGACUUGCUACUGUUUGUUUUCCCAGCCAGCGGUAUUAAUCUCAGAGCAAGCGCGACCCAGAUGGGAGGUAUGUUUGGUCUCAUGUUGACUGAAACAAGUUUAAUUGUUUAAUGUCUACUUACCUCACCGGCCGAUUCCUUUCAGCUUCAUUUUUUUGAGGUCACUGUCCUUAGCUUAAACCUAAGCAUAAACUAUAAAUCUUAGCUUAGCACUUUCCUUAGCCUAGCAUAAAAAAAAAGAACCCGCGUGUUUUUAAAAAAGUGAAGUUGACGAGUUAAAACGUAACAAAACUAUGUCUCGGAUAUUAAAAAAAAAGACCAAGAAGGGAUACCAAAGACGAGUUAUUAUAUUACUGCCAUGAAUGAUUCGUGCAGCUUGCUUCCUCUCAAAAAUCUGGGAGCACCUUCAACCACGUUAUGACAACGCAUUUCUCGGUUCGCUAUCCUUAGGAAUUAGAUGAUGUGGCGUUAAUUUUCUGGCUGAAGACUAACCUAAUUGUCACUUCAUGUCUCCCUCACAGGCUGUAAAAAAAGGAAUUACGAAUUGACGAGUAUCUUAUCUACAAUCAUAUCAAUUAAUUUAUGCAUUGAAAUGUUCUUUGUAUAAGGUGGUUGUGACCUUGGGUUUAUGGUGGACGCCUCAUCAAGUGUUGGUGCGAAUUUGCCAAGUGUUCUGAAUUUUGUAAUCAGCAUCGUUCACUCCUUUGCCACCGGUAUCGGUAUGCGGUAUGGAAUGGUUACGUUUGGUGCUCAUGCUCAGGUAUGAUUACAUGAUUUCUCAAAACAUUCUCGUUUGCUAUUUAGCAGUAACCGCUGUUAAUAUUAAAUGUGAACAUAAACAAGUGACGAUCUGUGAAAAUCAGCCAAUCGGCGCUGAGCAUCACCAUGUAAGUGGUGAUAGUUUGCAAGUUCAGUUUUGAUUGCGGUUGAAUGAAACAUUCAGGUUACUCUUCUGGACUAGUCUCUUCAAUUUAGUUUUGCAAAACAAUAGCAGCAAAGUGUAGGGCCGCCUAAAUAUGACUCUCACAAGGAAGAUGGAAUCAUGCUUUCUUUAACCUACAACUCUAGUCUAUUCAUCCACGUGUCGGGUGAUAUGAGAAUCUUUUUUCAGCUUGACUUUGAUGUUGUUGUUGUUUUGGUUGGUUUUUUUUUUUUGCAUACUAUGCAGGUUUUGUUGGAGUUCUCCGCGUUGUCCUCCCUCCUAAAAAAAUAGAAUGGAAAUAUUAUCAUCAACUAAAAGCAUUAUCGAAACGAUUCAAUUAGAUAGAGAAUAAUACAUGUGUAAGGUUUUUUUUUUCAUUUCCUUGCAGGUUAUCUUCCGAUUUAAUCAGUAUACAUCACUCUCUGACGUCGACUCAAAAGUUGCAAGUGUGAAACUGCUUGAAGGCUACAGUAACGCCCACGAAGCUCUUACUCUAUGCAACUCAGUUCUUUUUGCCGGUAAUGGGGCUGGGAGAAAGAGAGUUUUGAUCGUGCUAAUGGCUGGCAGAUCGACAGUCAGUUUGACAACAGCUGCCAUAACAUUGAAAACGGCUAAAGUCAAAGUAAUUGCUGUUGGAAUGGGUAGCUCAUUUUCGAACCAAGAGCUUAUAACUAUGGCAUAUUCUUCAACUUAUGCUCUAUACUCCAACUCCUUUACUAGUUUAGCAGGAAAAAGGCAGACUGUUUCCAAUUUGGUAUCUGAAGGUAAACGUUAUAAUAAUGAAUAAAAAAAAACUUGUAGAGCAAUUCAGAUUGAGCCGUUUUUAACGUAGUCCGGGAAACUUGCGCCAUUCCUUCAACCAAUUAGGCGCAAAGCCUAAACCAAUAACUAUUUGAUCAAACACUUUCUUCCUGGCCUGUGGUAGUGUUUGAAUUCUCGAGUUCACUUCAGUUCUCAUUCGAUCCUUACGAUAUUAAAAUUUGUUGUUAUAAACUGUUGUAAUUACAUACGCAUCGGUCUAUUGCGACAUUAAAUCGAAAUAAAUCCCACCAUGCGAACUCAAUCUGUAUCCUUGAGUCGAAGGUCAACUUAAAAGAAAACAGUUGAUAAUGCAGUGAAUUUUGCAAUACAACAUUUACAUAACUACAAUUAUAAAAUUUAUUAUGACUUUUCAGCAAUCAGAUAUAAUCUUUUUACCUUUAGCAUCUAUUUGCACAAAACUUAAAUUAACAAUCAAGUUCAUGACUCUCUUCUUUAUAGUUAGUGGUGUGACUGCCAUUGGAACUGCGCUUUCCGAAAAUGGAGGUUUGUUAAAUCAUUAUUUCAAUAGUUUAAUGUAAUAUGGAACUUUGAUUCAGUUGUCUUCUUUGUUUAUUAUUUAUUAGGGCAUUUAUUAUUAUUUAUUUAUUAGGACUCGUUUUUCAAAGACAACAAAAUUCCUCUUUUUACCGUUCACAACAAAUUGCAAAUCAAUAUUUUAUUGUUAAUAAUCCACAGUGGAGGGUGCUUCAAUUAAUUCAAUGACUUAAAAUUAGAACGGUUCUUCAAAAAAUUAUUAACGUAUAACCUUUGUUGAUUUUUAUUUGUUUUGCUUCGUUUUCGAUAUGUUUAAUUUUAGCCUGACUCGUUUACCCUUCCUCUUUGACCGUUCACCUCGCCCCCUCCUAGUGGAGGGCUUCAAGGGUUCAAUUACUUAAAAUUAGAGGUUCUUCAAAAAAAUGUAUAACCUUAUUUAAGGUCUUUAAUUUUUUUGUUUUUGUUUGUUUGUUUGGUUGUUUUUUUGGUUUGUUUUUUGUUUAUUUCCUUUCUCGCAACAGCAAACUUAAAUUCUCAGAUUGACGGUAAUUUUGUGUGGUUGGCUUUUCUCAAUUAAGUUCCCUUAAAAUGGGCAUAUAAAAGUAUGCUUAAUGCGAUAUUUACCUUUUUAGCUUGCCAAACUCAAGUGGACCUUGGAUUCCUGAUUGACGGCUCUGGAAGCAUAAAUUACUUUGGCGCAGGAAAUUUCAGAAAGUGUUUGGAUUUUGUAAAAGCUCUUACUAGAGCUUUUGUUAUUUCUCCAACGAAAACAAGAGUUGGGGCUAUUGUUUUCUCAUACCGCAGUAAAAUUCAAUUCGACUUCAGCCAGUACCACAGGCAAUCAGAUGUAGAGGCGGCAGUCGAUCGCAUAGAAUACCCCGGACGUUCGACGUACACUGGUGUCGGCCUGAAAAUGGCCGGUGAAAAAUUAUUCAGCAAUAUCAGGAAAGGAGUUCCACGUGUACUUAUUGUUAUAACGGACGGCUUUUCCCACGAUAAUGUCGCCGAGCCUUCUGCAGUGCUUAGAAAGGCUGGAGUAAUAAUACUGUCCGUUGGACUGGGAAAGUAUUACAAUAAAGCUCAGCUUAACGUCAUAGCCAGCAACCCACAGGAAGAGCACGUGUUUUCGGUGGAUUUCUCUCAAAUGCCGAUUAUAGUUAGGGCAAUACAAGAUAGGUUUUGCAGAGGUGAGAAGCGCGUUAGAAGAAGUAACCUCAGAUCUCGUGAGGAUGAUAUAUUGCCUAGUACUAUAUAUUGAUACCUGGUGAUAUACAGAAAAAAGAAUAUAAUCGAUAUUAUUUAGUGUACCUUGUUCCUGUACCUGAAGGAAAGUAAAUAGCAAAUAGCGUGCUCCACAUUUAAAACACAAGUGUACAUUGCAGUUAUUCGAAAAACAGUUGUUUGAUCUUAACGCGACCGUUGCCUUGUUGAUAAAGUUGUUUUUUUUUUUUCAUCGCGCAUUGCAUCAUGGUUAAACCACAUUUUGACGUUCAGUCUUUGGAUGGUUGACUGCACAUAGGAAUCUCCUUAAAUUUUAAAAAUACUCUGAAAGAUAUACAUUUCAUCUCGAGCUCAAUCCGUUCUGACAAGUGGCUAGCGAUAAAUGAAAACUGGUUCUCGAGAAAACAAUAAAUAUAAUAAAUUAUUGACUUUCUAUUAAAAGAGCCUACGCAAUGACCGCCAUUUAAAACAACUGAUUCAAUUGAUAUGUUGUUUUGUAGAUUCCGCAAAGGCCGUCUCUGAAGGAGCAAGUAAGUAAUACUGAGGCGUCAAAAAACUAAUUUAGAGAUUCCAGUGCAUGGGCCGACAGGUGAGUGAAUUCAUUGAUGAACGACUCAACUGAUGAUAGUGAUCGAUAGCCUGGUCGAUGGACUGACUGAAUCACUUACUGCCAAACUGACUGCCUGCGUGAUUAACUAAAUUAUCAAAUGACACUGACUGAUUGAUUGAAGUUUUUUUUGAUGUGUUACAACUUUCUUUUAUAAUGGUUUAUUUCAGCCGGGACAGCUGUCACCACCACGGGAAGCGGAGGUAAGUCUUUCUAUUGUAAUUAUACUCCGUGAAGAGAUCCAUGAAUUUAAUUCAUUGUCGCAUGAAUAAUAAUAAUAUCAUUGAAGGCAAGUUUGGUACUUCUUUCAGUUGGUGGAGUCGGUAGCGGAGGAAUUACAGCGACAGGAACGUCAGGUCAGUUCUUUCCACCACAUUGCAUAGGUCCUGAAUAAGGAUUUUUCGAUUCAUGCACACCAGCUAAAAUGUCCCUGGUGAGUUUUACCGUGGCAAAUUACUUUGUCAUUUAGUUAUUUGGACAAGGGGUCUUGCCAAGGUCAAAAGGUCAACUUAUCCGCCAAAUAGAAUUCCUCAAGGGAAUUUUUGUCGAGGCUAUGGCUAUGUCAUGAUCCUGCAAUCUCUUCCACAGCAGGACUUGACUUGGCCAUCAUGGUGGACGCCUCAGCGAGCGUCGGAGGAGCAUUGAACUUUCAGGUCAUCAUGAAUUUCGUGACUGAUGUAUUCCACUCGUUCAAACUCGGGAAUGGAUUGAGAUACGGAUUAGUCGUCUUCGGUGGCAGGGCAAAGGUGGGCGUUCAUUUCUUGAAAUUGACUUAAACUUUGUCAAAACUGUGAUAAACAAGAAUUUCAUAAUUACACUUAUAACUGCGAUGUGGAAUCGUUUUGUUUAUGUCAUGUAUAAUUUUCAGAUGAAAUUUAUGAUUGAUUAUAUACUUACGUAUAGUGCGGCGGUUUAAUUUUCUGGUUUGUUACCCACUGUGAAGCGCCUUCUGAUCGAUCUCGUGAAAGCAAAAGCAAGCUUAGUUCUCUGAGUGGCUAUUCAUGGCCUAGGUAGAUGUCGUAAGGAGCCAUGCUUAACUCACUUGAAAACCAACUAACAACGAAUCGCUAAUUUCUGAUUUCUUCUACUCUUGAAUCAGAUAGUUGGAGAUCGUGGUGCGAAUAUGAUUCGCCAAUCCCAGAGAGAAGCGAUGGAAAGCAAAUUCAACAUUUCUGUAAUAUGUAAACUAAAUUAAGUUUGGAAAACAUUUACAUAAUGCAACAAGUACCAUUAUUUCUUUCAGGUCAUAUUUGGAUUUAAUCAAUACAGCUCCAUCUAUGACAUCGACGCGGAGAUUGCUAAGGUCAGGAUGUUGGGUGGCAGCUGCAACAUAGGCGCUGCUCUCUUAGAAUGUAAAACAUCCCUGUUUGCUGGUGACGCACGAGGAAGAGCACGUGUUCUUCUGGUGCUUGUGGCAGGAAGCACUAGUACGGACUACUCAAAUGUGGUCGGGUCAUUGAAAACUGCUAGAGUCAAGAUUUUCGCUGUUGGAGUUGGCGGCUUAUUUGUUCAAGCACAGAUAACAGCUUUGACAGCAUCUACGUCUAACGUGCUAAACACUGCCUCAUUUAAGGGUUUGGCAGAUAUUACAGGAAGCGUUUCAACAAUUAUAUCGCAAGGUACAUGAACGCACUGCUUUCUGGUUUAAGUAUGACUCAGAGUAGUCCCUGUUUUCUACUGAACCCGAGAUAUUGUUUUGUCUAAUUUUAUUAAACUGCAUGACAGAUUCUGUUGAGGAAGAGGAAGAUCUCUUGGAGUUUGUAAUAUUAAAUGGGAACUCUGUGUUAAGUAUAGGAAACCGUAUGAAUUGCACGACAGUUGUCCUUAAAUUUCUCGUAACGGCACGAAGAAUCCCUGUAAGCAAGAGUAUUUUUGGCGCUCUUCUGCAUCUUAUAUUCUCACCAACGUUAAGUGCUUGGUGCACAUUUCAGGAAUCUCUAUUUAAUUACAAAUUCAAGACUAUACUAAUAUUGAAUUUGUAGUUGAAUAGAAUAAUUAUCAUGAAUACCUAUUCGAUUUUCCUUAAAAUUUAUCAUAGUUUAGGGUUUAAUUUCGGAAGCUAACUUGGAAAGCAUUUAUCUUCUAUGAUGCUUAAUAUUAUUUGUUGCUAUCGUUUUAGCUGGAGGAGUCAGUACCAUUGGAAGAUCCAUUGCAAAAGGG